GAAGGGAGCGCGGGGCACCAAUUCCCCACAGCACGCCAGCUUGCUUGCUGGCCUGCUUUCCAGCCUGCUACAAAAGCCCAAGCCCCCCUCCCCCUCCUUACUUACCUACUCACUUUACUGAAACUUCACGACUCCAACGAACUCUACCUCUCACGCUUCUACCAUCAGCACUCUACCAUCACUCAAUCUCCACUACAUAUCCCGAAUACCUACUCAAAAUGCCUCGCGGAAACGACGGUCAGACAAAGGUGCACUACCAGGGCAAGGACGAUGAUUACAUCAUCUUCGUCGACAACGUAGAGGCUGUCAACGAGUGGAAGAAGGACUCGUCGGUGCCUCUCGCCCAGGUCGUGAGCGGAUGGAAGAUCUUCGUCACACACAAGCACGGCAACCAGGGUAUCCUAGACACCGCUAGCAACCAGCAGCUCGAUGCUGAGUUUGGCACAUCCAAGGAGGAGGAUGUCGUCAAGCUCAUUCUUGAGAAGGGCAACAUACAAGAGAACCAGAACAAGGAGCGUCAAGGAGACACCAACAUGACCAAGGGCCCCGCCGUCGCCCACUAGACAGAUCGUACACACCACACAAUUCUGUCCAGUCUUCCUUUCAUCGUAAGAUAAUAUACUUUGUGGCGAUAACAGAUUAUUGCAUGCUUGGAGAGUAGAAGGGUCAUUGGCCGGGUCACAACAAGUUUCGGACCGCCCUCUACAGGUUGAGGCGGAUUAGAUGAUUACGGGGUAUAUCAGCUUCUUUUAACUUUUUGCAUGGUCUCUCUGCUGAGCAUCGAUGUGUGGGGAAAAAUGAUGCGAGGACCCAUGAUGACGAUAUCAAAUGAAAGCAUUUAUGAACAUUUGAACGAACCUCUCCGAACGUGCCAUGAUUAAUAUGUUUGGUUGUAUGUUUGGUUCAUGUCGUGCAUACUCAUUCCUUUCAUGUCUCUAUGUCGUGCAAUCCGUACCCAAUAUACGACGAAAAUGUACCAAUCUUCCCUUCUUUUCCUUCACUUUUCUUCCUCGACUCACAGAUGGUGGUUGAAGAGUAUUGUAAAGGUAUCUACCCGUCUUUAUCACCCCCUGGAAAUAAGAAAAGAUAAAUAGCUGUAGUGUUCUUGUCAUUGGUUUUAUCAAUAUAAUUGCUCAGCGCCGCCGUAGAAGUACACACUCCUCGUCCAACAUCUAUCAAUCAAACCGUGAUGGGAGUUUGUUCCGUACUUUCAUACCAACUCAAAAUAAAUCGUGAACUCGAUUCCAAAGGUCUUAUUCAGAGUAUAACCAACUUACCUGGCUAUCGU